UCACAUUGUGCGGUUGUGGUUGUCAUCGUUUGUGUGUUAGCAAACUAUACACAGAAACAGGCUGAGCCAGCUAGCCAACCAGCCAGUCAAACAGGCAGCAACAGCAGAGCCGAGACACGGAGCCCCGUUGCCAGCCAGCCAGCCACUCAGUCAGUCCGAGCAGCGAGCAGCGAGCGAGCUACUGUCGUUCUUUGUAUUGAUUCAGAUUCAGUCGAUGAGUUUCUCUCGCUUCUGCGCGUUGCGUGUUUCGCAGUGUUUCCGCGAUUUUUUCGUUGUCGUCAUCGUUGCGCGCUUCUACCCCCACCCACUCUUCACUCGCCGUGCGACUCUUUUCGUUUAUUUGUGUACGUGUGCGCGAGUGUGCGAGUGUGUGUUUGUACUUGUAUUUUAUUUUAUUUGCCAAGAAACAAAAAAAAAAGCAGUGUGAAGUGCAAGCAGCAAGGAAAGUGCUUUAAAGCGCGGUACCAAGUACAACGCGUUGGACGUUAUCAAUUCUGAUAACAAAAAAAAGCACAACAGUGAAAACAGUUAACGGCAUUAACAACAACAACAAUUAAUAGUGUGUGUGACAUCAGAGCCCUAAUAAUAUAUAUACAUCUAUCUAAACAAUACAAACAACAUAAAUAUAAACUGGCUGCAUGAAAAACAUCACCAGCUCAAGCACUUGCGGCACGGGGCUGCUGCAAUUGCAGAACAAUCUCAGCAACAGCGAAUUGGACGUCGCUGUUGUUGGCAAACCAGAAGCAGUCGGACCCGGCACCAUACCAUCCCCGUGGGCACCAGUAAAUGCCGGUCCUCCGGGUCCACUUGGAUCGGCAGACACAAAUGGCAGCAUGGUGGACAGUAAAAACUUGGAUGUUGGCGACAUGAGCGAUGACGAAAAGGAUUUAUCAUCUGCCGAUGCCGAGGGUGUCUGGAGUCCGGACAUUGAGCAAAGUUUUCAAGAGGCAUUGUCAAUAUAUCCACCAUGUGGACGCAGGAAAAUUAUAUUAUCAGACGAGGGUAAAAUGUAUGGGCGCAACGAGCUUAUCGCGCGUUACAUCAAAUUGCGUACCGGCAAAACGAGAACCCGUAAGCAAGUGAGCUCCCACAUACAAGUGCUCGCCAGACGAAAACUUCGUGAAAUCCAAGCCAAAAUCAAAGUCGAACCCAAUGGUGUGUCCUUGCAUUUACUCAAUGAGAAAGAGCAGACCCUGCAGGCCAUGAGCUCAAUGACCAGUUCACAAAUUGUCUCCGCACAGGCGGCCAAUAAUCUUGCCCUGGCCGCCUCAGCGCUAACGGCGGGCGUGCACCAUUCGAAGCAUCUUCCGCAUCCCGCCUAUCAUCAGCACCCACACCACCACCACAGCCACCACCACCACAGCCACCACAACCACCACCAUCCACACCACCACCAUCAGGUGGGUGUGGCUGCUGUUGCCGCCGCGGCAGCUGCCGCCUCCGCUGCUGCCGCAGUAGCGCAGUCGCCGGCAGCUUCUGCGGCGGCGGCGGCGGCUGCUGCUGCUGCUGUUAAUGUUGGUGCGACUUCCAACUCCGUUGCAGUGUCGACGGCGUCGUCGCCGCGACACCACAGUGCCCACCAUUCCCAUCAUAAUUUGCCGCAUCACACGCAUAGCCACAUGCAGCCGCACCAUCACCACCAUGCGGUGGCAGUUGCAGCAGUUUACCACCUACAGCAGCAGCAGCAGCAGCAGCAGCAACAGCAGCAGCAGCAACAACAACAACAACAGCAGCAAUCAAGUGGCACAACAACAGGUGCAGUGUCACCAACUGUCGUUGAUGGGGCUGCGGCUCAUGGGCUGACGCAACCAGCGCAGCCAUUGCACCAUCCGCCGUUGUAUCCGGGCCAAUUUUGGCAACCCGGUCUGCAGCCGAGCACAUCGCAAGACAUUAAGCCGUUCGCCCAGCCGCCCUAUACCCCCGGCAAGCCCUCGACGGCGGUGUCCGGUGAGAUCGAGGCUGGUAUUCCGCCUGCACAGUUGCCAUGGGAGGGCCGCGCCAUUGCCACGCACAAAUUCCGCUUGCUCGAGUUUAUGGCCUUCGUGGAAAUCCAAAGAGAUGAGAUCUAUCACCGACAUCUUUUCGUACAGCUGAGCGGCAAGCCAUCCUUCUCCGAUCCGUUACUUGAGACUGUUGACAUUCGACAAAUAUUUGACAAAUUCCCGGAGAAAUCUGGCGGUCUCAAAGAUCUCUAUGAAAAAGGUCCGCAGAAUGCGUUCUACCUUGUAAAAUGUUGGGCGGAUCUUAACACGGACGUAACGACCGGCAGCGAAUCGGGUGAUUUCUAUGGCGUUACAAGCCAAUAUGAAAGCAAUGAGAACAUUGAGCUCGUUUGCUCCACAAUUGUUUGCUCAUUUGGCAAACAGGUUGUGGAAAAAGUCGAGAAAGAGUACUCACGCCUGGAAAAUAAUCGCUACGUGUAUCGCAUUCAGCGGUCGCCGAUGUGCGAAUAUAUGAUUAAUUUCAUACAAAAGCUGAAGAAUUUACCUGAACGCUAUAUGAUGAACAGUGUGCUCGAGAACUUUACAAUAUUGCAAGUAAUGCGAGCGCGUGAAACGGAAGAGACACUGCUAUGUAUAGCGUAUGUGUUUGAAGUGGCGGCGCAGAAUAGCGGAACCACGCACCACAUCUAUCGCCUUAUAAAGGAAUAGCAUGAGCUGCAUGAAGCAGCGCCCAC